AUGGCCGCCACUCCUGCCGAACUGACCGCCGCCGUCAACGGACAGGCGCUCUUUGUCGUUGACCUGCUGAAAGCACUGUACCAGAAGGACAAAAAUCUUGUCCUCUCACCGUACUCACUGGUCUCUGCUCUGGCGCUCCUUCUGCCGGGCACCGAUGGCGAAAGUCGCUUCGAAAUUGCCCGCGUCAUCUUUGACCAGGCGGCCAAGGACGCUUCUGCCGCUGAUCGCCACGUGGAGCUUUUUGCGCAGACCAAUGACGCCAACUUGAAGACCAACUCGGAGACGCUUCGCAUUGCCAACCUGCUGUACUCGCAUCUGAGUUUCCCGCUGAACCCGCAGUACGUGGCCACGCUGACGAAGCGCCUGCGCGCCGUCGCCAAAGAGCUGGACUUUGUGGGCAAAAACGACGUCGCUCUGGCCACCAUCAACAGCGAUGUGUCAGAGGCCACCAAGGGCCUCAUUCCCAGCCUGCUGGACUCCAUCGACCCGGCCACCCGGGUGAUCCUCGUCAAUGCCAUCCACUUCAAGGGUCUCUGGGCAAGGCAGUUCGACAAGUCGCUGACCGCCGCUGACGCCGACUUCACGAAGAGCAACGGCCAGGUGGUGAAGGCGGCUCUGAUGUACAAGAAGGCCAAGUUUCCCUUCUACUACGACGAGGAGAGCAAGGCCAAGUUUGUGCAGCUCGACUACAAGCCCGAGGGCGGCAACAUCGCCAUGGUGGUAGUCCUCCCUGACGCGGGCACCACUCUCGAGUCGUACAUUCGCAACUCCCUCAAGGCUGCCACGCUCCAGGAGAAGCUGCAGCUCUUGGCGACGGACGCUGACGUCCGCCUGAAGCUGCCUCGCUUCAAGCUCGAGUCGACGCACUACCUCUCAGGGCCGCUGCAAGGCCUGGGCGUCCGUUCGGUCUUUGGCCCCAAGGCAGACCUGAGCAAGCUGAGCAGCGCCUCGCAGCAGCUGUACGUCGACCAGGUCAUCCAGAAAGCGGUCAUCGAGGUGAAUGAGGAGGGCACCGAGGCGGCGGCCGCCACCGCCAUUAUGAUGCGCUGUCUGAUGCUCAGCCCUGAGGAGGAGUUCACCGCCGACCGACCCUUCCUCUACAUGCUCGUCGCACAGCACGGCUCCGCUCGGCAGAUUCUCUUUGUCGGCACAGUGGAGGAUCCCACCAAGUCGCAGUAA